AUGGCCGCCCUCGCGUCAAACAUCAUCAGCAACCCCUGGUUCUUCGAACCUCUCCAGAUCUUCGCAACUCUAGGCGCCGCCGUCAACUUCGGCGGCUCAGUGCUGCAAUCGCCUCUGAUCAUGCCCACCUUGACCGACCACACCGUCGGCGUACCAAUCCACUACACAGCCCAACAAACCGCCUACCUCCUGCACAACAGCGAGCACUUCUUCCCUCCUCUCAACGCCCUGUGCUCCCUCUCCAACCUCAUCCUCACCAGCACCGCAUUCCUGCGCGCCCGCGACGGCAACCUGAUCGCCGAGGCCAAGUUCCCCAAACUCGCUGCUGCGUUUGGAUUGAAUGUUGCAACUACGGCUUGGGCACUAUUGAUCCAGGUGCCGAUGAACAAGAGAAUGUCGAGAUUGGCAGAGAUCCUCAAGGCGGGUGUUGCCAAUGGCACCGACAAGGAUAGCAGACAGAAGGCUGCCGAGACCGAGUUCAGAGAGCUGCAGUUGAAGUGGCGCAAGUUGAACUAUGGUCGCGCUGCCAUUAUGAUUGCUAGUGCUGUUGCUGGUGCUCUUGCGCUGAUCGCAAAACCCUGA